UGCCCCGUGGGCUGCUUAUCGGGUAACCAGAGCCGGGAGCUGCAUCCACGCCUGAAACAGGAAGCCCGGGCCUGUGCUGAGCCCUGAGAGCCCGCCGAGUGGCCAGGAUGGAGGAGCAGCGGGCGCUCACGGCCGCCAAGGCCGGGGACCUGGCCACCUUGGAGCAGCUGCUGGAGGCUGGCUCCCUGGGCCCGGGCAUCAUUGACGCCCUGGGCGCCGGCCUGGUGCACCACGCCACCCGGGCUGGCCACCUGGCCUGCGUCAAGUUCCUGGUGCAACGGGCCAAGCUGCCGGGCAACCAGCGGGCCCACAACGGGGCCACCCCCGCCCACGACGCAGCCGCCACCGGCAGCCUGGCUGAGCUGUGCUGGCUGGUGCGUGAAGGGGGCUGCGGCCUGCAGGACCAAGAUGCCUCGGGUGUCUCCCCACUACACCUGGCCGCCCGCUUUGCCCACCCAGUGCUGGUGGAGUGGCUGCUCCGGGAGGGUCACGCGGCCACGCUAGAGACGCUGGAGGGGGCCCUGCCACUGCACCACGCCGCUGUCAGCGGGGACCUGACCUGCCUGAAGCUCCUGACGGCCGCGCACCGCAGCAGCGUGAACCGGCGGACACGCAGCGGUGCCUCCCCGCUCUACCUGGCCUGCCAGGAGGGCCACCUGCACCUGGCCCAGUUCCUGGUCAAGGACUGCGGGGCCGACGUGCACCUGCGCGCCCUGGACGGCAUGAGCGCCCUGCACGCCGCCGCGGACCGCGGACACUACUCGCUCGUGGUCUGGCUGGUCACCUUUACUGACAUUGGCCUGACAGCGCGGGACAAUGAGGGGGCCACCGCCCUCCACUUUGCAGCACGAGGCGGCCACACACCCAUCCUCGACCGGCUGCUGCUCAUGGGCGCCCCCAUCAUGAGAGACUCCUGGGGCGGGACCCCCCUGCACGACGCCGCCGAGAACGGGCAGAUGGAGUGCUGCCAGACCCUCGUCUCCCACCACGUGGACCCCUCUCUUCGGGAUGAAGAUGGUUACACCGCGGCGGACCUGGCCGAGUACCACGGACACCAGGACUGUGCCCAGUACCUGCGGGAGACGGCCCGACCGGUACCGCUCCUGAUGACGCCCCCGCCCCCGCCGUUCCCCCCUCCUCCACUGUCAGCUGCGAGGCGCCCCCCAGAGGAUGGACGAGGGGGCUCUGGUCUCCGGAGCCCCACCUCAGCGUCUCUCAGCCCGGCCUGGCCUGGCCAGCCUGACCAGCCCCCUCCGAGGGAGCAGACGACCCACACGGUCCCCCUGGGGAUCAGCACCAGCGCCGUGGCCGUCCCCACGGGCGCAGAGACAGUGGUGGGGGACACGCCGGACGGCCUGGCCGCACUGCAGCUGGAUGGACCGCCCUCCGGCGACCUGGACGGGCUGGUGCCCACGCGGGAUGAGCGGGGCCGGCCCAUCCCUGAGUGGAAGCGGCAGGUGAUGGUGCGGAAGCUGCAGGCACGCCUGGGCGCAGACCCCACACAGGUUGCUCAGGAGGACAGCAGGAGCGAGGGCCCCGCGGAGCAGGCGGCCUGGCGGUACUCGCAGACGCACCAGGCCAUCCUGGGCCCGUUCGGGGAGCUGCUGACGGAGGACGACCUGGUUUACCUGGAGAAGCAGAUCGCCGACCUGCAGUUGCGGAGACGCUGCCAGGAGUACGAGAGCCAGCUGGGCCAGCUGGCGGCCGAGCUGCAGGCCCUGCUGCCCGAGCCCCUGGUCAGCAUCACUGUCAACAGCCACUUCCUGCCCCGGGCUCCCGGGUUGGAAGGUGAGGAGGUGCCCGGCCCAGUGCCCGAGCCCAAGGGCUCCGAGGGGGCUGUAGAGGCCGUGCCCGGUGGGCAACCCCUGCCCUUCUGGUGCAGCCACGUGGCCCGGCUUGUCCGAAGCAUGUCGCUGCUGCUGAAGGGCAUGAACGGGCUGGUGCAGGGCGAGGAGAAGCCAGCUGCCCAGCCCCCGCAGGAGGUGGGCAGGGAGGCCCCAGCCAGCCCCGCACAGAGCGAGGCCCAGCGGGAGAUCCAGGAGUGUGGGGUGUCCGUGCGGACGCUACGUGGCAACUUCGAGUCAGCCCCUGGCCUGCCCUGCGUCCCAAACCUGGGGUCCUGUGAGGCGGGGGCCCAGCCCGGGCAGUGCCCACGAGGUUGCUGGCCAGUGCCCCCGCAGCCCCGGGGCGGCCUGAUGGGAGGGGAGCCGGGGCCGGGUGACACAGAGGAGGCCAGUGACUCGGGCAUCAGCUGCGAGGAAGCCCCGUCGGAGGCCGGCGCGGGACACGGCCCCGACCUGGCGAGUCUGCGGAAGGAGCGCAUUGUCAUGCUGUUUCUCAGCCACUGGAAGAGCCUCACGCUGGACCUCUUCAUGCUGGGCUACUUCCAGCUCCUGGAGUGCGACCUGCCGGCUGAGGAGCGGAAGAUGCGCCACCUGCUCUGCUUCGAGGUGUUCGAGCACCUGGGCGCCCACGGCUGGGAGGCCGCGCGGGCCUUCCACAAGGCCGUGACCGACGAGGUGGCCGCGGGCCGCCGGGCCUGGACCGACGGCUUCGAGGACAUCAAAGCCCGCUUCUUCGGCUCCAACCGCAGCCCCGCCUGGGACGCGGAGCCCGGCCGCAAGCUGGGCCUGACCCCUCUCGGGCCCCUGCCCCACGCCACGGCCCCCGGCGGCAGCCCGGAGCCCGCAGCUCAGCGGCUGGGGACCGCCUCCCAGCGGGGCAGCUUCAACAGCGAGGACAUCUGCGGCUACAUCGACCGGAGCUUCGCGUUCUGGAAGGAGAAGGAAGCAGAGAUGUUCAGCUUUGGGGACUGAGACUUGCCCUGGCCGGUGUGGCCCAGUGGUUAGA